AUGCUUCCCUUGCAGAUGCCGAAAGGACACGAACCGCCGAUGCAUCACCAUCAGCACCGAUCGUGGGCCUCCGAAAGUGGGCACUUUUUAAUUUGUGCCGGCGGAAUUCUCGCCUGCUAUUUCGUUUUUGGAAUUCAACAAGAACGAAUGUAAGAUCCUUUGCUUGAAAAUCCCAAAAAAACUCCAGGUUUACUUCAUUUUUCUACUUGCGCUGUGUCAUUGGGAAAUGCCAGGAAAUUGAAGAAAAACUGAAGUUUAGUGUGUAAAAAAAUUGAAAAAUCGCUUUUGAAUUUAUCAAUCUCACAAACUUUUCCCAUUUUUCAGUGUGCAAGGAAAGUACGAGCUUCCGGACGAGAGUGUCGAAAAGUUCACAUUCACUCAGGCGCUCGUCUUCUUUUUGUGCACCGCCAACACCAUCUACGCCUACCUGAUUCGCAAGAAGCAUGAAGUCGACAGUGUGCCGACCAGGCAAGCAUUUUUUUUGUGGAAAACUUGGCGCUGUAAACGCAAACGCCACGAAAAACCGACAAUUUCGCGCAAGAUGUCGGACAUUCCGAAAAUUAUCGUGUUUUCAUGUCAAAGUACCGUUCUUCACCGCUUUUGACCACAAAAAUCAGGUUAAAAGUGCUAAAUUCAUUCCGGAGAUUAUGAAACACAAAAAUUCUCAUUCGCAGUCUGAAAAUUUCAAAAAAACCUGAGUUUUAUUCAGGAUGUACGCCGCGUCGGCAGGCAGUUACCUUCUGGCGAUGAUCUCCUCCAAUCAGGCGCUCCAGUAUCUUCCAUACCCGACGCAGGUUCUCGCAAAGUCGUGCAAACCGAUUCCGGUGAUGGUGUUCGGCGUGCUGUUCGCCCAUAAAAGUUACAACUGGCGCAAGUACUGCUACGUGCUGCUCAUCGUCAUCGGCGUCGCCAUGUUCCUCUACAAAGACAAGAAGACGGCCGACCAGAAAGACUUUGGCUUCGGAGAACUGCUUUUGAUCUUCUCGCUGGCGAUGGACGGCACGACGACGUCGAUUCAGGAGCGGAUCAAGAAGAGCUACCAGCGGACGGGCACUUCCAUGAUGUUCUACACGAACCUUUACUCGUCGCUCUACCUCUCCGCCGGCCUUUUGCUCACCGGCGAGCUUUGGUCCUUUUUCUACUUUGUCCAGCGCCAUUCGUACGUAUUCUGGGACCUCGUCGGGCUGGCGAUCGCCUCCUGCCUCGGCCAAUGGUGCAUCUUCAAGACGAUCGAGGAGUUCUCGCCGUUGACGUGCUCCAUUGUGACCACUACCCGCAAACUCUUCACUAUUAUCAUUUCGGUAAGAGAUUUCAAUUGAUUUCAAAAGUUUGCUGUUCAAAUGGAGUUGAAAACACUGAAAGUCGAUAUUUUUAUUGCAGGUGCUGUUCAUGAACCAUCCGCUGUCGGGCCGUCAAAUCCUCGCGACGACCGUCGUUUUCAGCGCGCUGACGGCCGACGUCGUCGACGGAAAACUGUCGAGUGCGUCGCCGAAGAAGGAGGCGCCGAGCACGACAACGGAAGUGAAGACGCAGUGA